AUGUGUGACCAGUAUGUCUCCUGGAGCGGCUGGUAUCGGCUCUUCAUUAAUGGUCUGAACGCUCAUAUCCCAGACACAUGUGUUUCAAUCUAUAGUUGUGGCACUGAAAUCCCACUGUACAUUCGUGGUGGACACCCAACAGUAGAGGAUGGAGUCGUCAGUCGAGAUGUCUGCGGUCACUGGGAAAAUUACUGCUGCUAUGUUGGUUCUGUUCCAAUUCGAGUCAAAGCCUGUCCAGGAAAUUAUUAUGUCUAUGAGCUGCUUGGUCCAUCUCACUGUAAUUUAGCCUACUGUGCAGAUGUUGGCAGUGUUAUCAUCAGCUCUACAGCCGCCACACCAGUGAUCAUCACACCUGAUCCCUGCCACACCUACACUGUCCUGGACGAUCCAUGGAGAGCCAACAGCAGUCAGCCAUCCAACAUCUACAAGUGUGACCAGUCAGUCUCCUGGAGUGGCUGGUAUCGGCUCUUCAUUAAUGGCCUGAAUGCUCAUAUCCCAGACACAUUUGUUGAGAAGUAUAGUUGUGGCACAAAUGUCCCACUGUGGAUUCGUGGUGGACACCCAACAGCAGAAGAUGGAGUCGUCACUCGAGAUGUCUGUGGUUACGCUUACAGUUACUGCUGCUAUUACGGAUCAUUUCCUAUUCGAGUCAAAGCCUGUCCAGGAAAUUAUUACGUCUAUGAACUGCUUAGACCAUCUCUCUGUGCUUCAGCCUACUGUGCAGUUAUAAAGAUCACACUGCAGGAAGGAUGCUCUAGUCAGAGCUCUGGAGGAUGUCUACAGAAUCUUUUUGAGCAGAUAGAGAACAUUACAAUUCAAGAGCUUCCACUGAAUACUGUGACCGACAUUUUGAACGUGAUCUUCAACACUUCAGAGAAGAUUUUGGUGUCUUUAUCAUCCACAUCAUCAUCAGCCAGCCCAGCUCAACUAGCCUCAUAUGGAAAUAAAGUGUUAAAAAACAGCGAGAAACUCAUUUCUACACUGGUGAAGCCGACAGACACAAGUGCCAACGUCAAUUUUACUCUUGAGGCUGUAGAGGGACAAGUCUUCAUGGUUGGACAACAGGUGACCUUAGAUAAAAUCCCUCAGCUUGACACGACAUAUUCUUCUAUGGACAUCGAUCUUAUUGGCAUCGCCAAGAACAACAAUGACAGAUCUGCUGUGGCUUUCAUGAGCUACACCACAAUGGAGAAUCUACUGAAGGCCGACUUCUUCAACACAACUAAUGACACCAUUAAAACCAUGAUGUCCACUGUGAUCUCAGCUACUCUUCCCAAAACCAGCAACACUACACUCACCAAAGCAGUCAACUUCACCUUCAGACACAUCAGAGAGUUUGACCCCAACGGUUCUCUGUCCUGUGUGUACUGGAAUAUCAGCGAGUGGAUUGUAGAUGGUUGUUCUGUGUUAAACAACAACAGCAGCCACACUGUGUGUUCCUGUGUUCAUCUGUCCACAUUCGCUCUCAUCAUGCAGACCAGCAGCAGUCCACCACCGAGCGAUCUGCUGGAUCUGCUGAAUCUGGUGUGUGUGAUCGUGGGUCUGGUGUUCUUCAGUUUGGCUCUGUUGUCCUUUGCUCUUUGUCAGUGGAGUCCUGGAGUCAAUAAUGUGGCUCGAAUCAACAUCUGCAUCAGUCUGCUGUCGGCUCACCUUCUGUUUCUGCUCACACAACAGUUCCUGAGCCUCAUUCGCCCUCAGCAGGUGUUGUGUGUGGUGAUAGCAGGCCUUCUGCACUUCCUCUUCCUCUCCGCCUUUGUGUGGAUGUUCAUUGAAGCUGUGCUGCUCUUCAUCUGUGUCAAGAACCUAUCACGGAUCAACUCUAGAAAGAGGGAGGUGCUUAGCAGUGGAUUCCUGUGUGUGAUUGGAUAUGUGGUUGCUCUGGUUGUGGUGUGUGUGUCUAUAGGGCUGGUUCCAGAAGGAUACGGCAGUGAACACUGUUGGAUUAAAACAGAUAAAGGGUUUAUCUGGAGUUUUCUGGGUCCUGUUUGUGUCAUACUAGCAUUGAACACGAUUCUCUUCAUCAGGAUCAGCAUCGGUCUCAACUCAGCUCUCACAAAACUGAACGCUGAAGUUUCACAGUUGAAGCAAACAAAGGUUAUGGUGUUUAAAACACUGGGUCAGUUUGUGGUUCUUGGUUGUCCUUGGAUUCUGGGUUUCUUCACUAAUAGCAGUGAGGUGCUGCAGAUCGUCUUCCUGGUCUUGAACUCUCAGCAGGGAACCUUCAUCUUCCUGAUCUACUGUGUGCUCAAUAAUGAGAUCAGGCAGCAGUACUGGACGUGCUUCAUGUCUCUCUGCUCUGGAUUCAAACAAACACUGAGGACUGCAUCAUACUGUGUGUGCUUUGACUCUAUUGGCAACCAACUUAAUACUAAUAUGCCUGACUAUGUGUGCCCUGCCUACCUUCUAGACCAGCCUAACACUAAUGUAGAAGACUUCCUUGACUCCUGUGUCCCUUGGCUACCUUGCUGA